AUGGCCAGGAUCCUCUGGGGAGCUCUGGUACGCCCUUCUGCACAGCCGUGCGCCCCUACGAAGGUGGCCACCAGCGGACACAGGGCGAGCAGCACACUGCCAUCGAGACCAUUCUGGUGCAGCUUGGCGGCGCGGAUCGUGAAGCCAAAGUCCGAGGAGGGCAAGAGUGAGUUUACCCUCAAGGCCACCGCCAAGGAGCUGAAAGGCCUGCGCGCGAAGAACACCCGGGAUGAGGAGGCGAUGGAACUUUCGGAUUUACGGAAGGACCCCAGGUACCCAGAGGCGUUCAUAGGGGGAGUGUUCGGCAUCCUUGGCGUGAAACACGACGAGAUGCCAGAGGAGAUGAAGGGGUGGAAGUAUCGCAUUGUGUUUCGCGGCCAAGACGUGCGGAGUAAAACGGGGACGGGUCUCGUAGGUUUGCUCGAGGAAGUGAGCAAUUCUCCUGCCAGGUUUACCGCAUCACAGUGUGCGCCGGCGGCGGCCGCAGUCACGGGCAAGGAGGCCACGCUGCGGGACGUUGAGCAAGCGUUUCUGCAAGGUUUGAUCGACACGCCUGGAUGGGUUCCGACAUGGACCGAGCUGCCGCGGGAGUGGUGGCCAGACGAGUGGUUUGUCCACGGCGAUCGCACCCGGCCUCGUUUCCAUCGACCCGCGCGCAAGUUCCGGAGGACUUUGUAUGGCCACCCGGAGGCAGGAGCGAUUUGGGAGAAAGUUUUGAAAUAG